AUGGACCGCUUCCAGGACGGGCACCACGUGCGGCUGCGGAGCCGCGUGCAGGACACCUACCUCCACGCCGCCGACGACGGGGAGAGCGUCACCCUCAGCCAGCUCCGCGCCUCCAUGAAAGCGGCGUGGGCGGUGCACAUCGACAACGGAGAAGACGGCGAUGACGGCGAUGGCUCCGACGACGGAGACGGCCCGUACCUGCUCCUCCACAGCGCCGCCUACGGCCGCUACCUCGCCGCCACGGACAGGCCGGCGCGGCCAGGGCACAACGGCCUCUGCACGGAGCUGCGCGACUACGAUCAGCCGGAGGUGGAGGCCAUCAAGUGGCGGGCUGUCGGGUCGGGCUUCGCGGACGACGUUGUCCUGCUCCGCCACGGCGACGGCCACUACCUCCGCGGCAACGGCAAGUACCUCCCCUGGAACUCCACCGGCGUCACCGUCGACGACAAGGCCAGCUCCAUGAUGUACUGGAUCGUCGAGCCCAUCCCCUUGAGAGAGGCUGGCAUGCCUGCCAUUCCUGCCCCGCUUCCGGCUCACCCAAGAUUCUCCGGCAUAUUCACUUCUCCCGGACGGCGCAUCCGGUUCGUGCGGGCGCUCGAGGACGGGUACUACCCCGAGGAGGUGAACAGCUGGCGCCAGUUCUGGUUCAGGGGGAGGUCCGCGUUCAGCCUGAGAGGCAACCUGGCGGACCUCGUCGUCGUGGACGGCCCGAACAUCGCCAUGUGCGUCCGAGCGGGCCGCCACGGGAGGCUCACCCCGCUCGUCGUCGACCUGCCCGACGGUGGCUAUGGCGGGACCCUCGAGAUCGUCGUCUUCCUGGCCGGGACCCUUGGCUACGAUGCGCUGCGAUACCCGGAUAUCGAUGCACAGUAA